CCCAACAUGGGAGUGAAGUUAAAUCCGAAACCAACAUACUUUACAUGUCACAGCACAUUGUGAGAACUGUCCGGGUUUCAUUUUGAUCAAAGAUUAUUUCUAAAGGUGUAAUAAUCUUGAAAUGACCUGAGCAAAGAGCCAUUCUCACUGCGCUUUUACUAAAGUCAAGACAAGGAGCGAACCUGGCAGAGUGCUCCCCUGAAGAAGACAGAGUCUAACCUGCACAGGUAUCAGCGGCGUGUAUUAAGGAUGCCCUUGUCCCAACAUCAGACCUGGAGGUAACCCCACGUUGUCUGUGCUGUUGCCCCCCCCUCUCAGCGGAGAUGGUGCACUGGACAACACAGUGGGGGACAUGUGUCUGUAUCCAAACUCUGCUGGCCUUUGCCUUGGCCAACUGUCCCUCACUUUACCCCAACCCUGUCAACUUCUCCGUUGUGUACACCAUGCCGUUCUUCCAGGCUAAGGGUCCUAUCCAGAACAUAGUCAACAACUCGUAUUACCAGGAGGUGUAUGUUGCCUCUAAGAAUGUGAUUGAAGCCGUCAACAGAAGCUUGGAGAAGGCGUGGGAGCUCCACACUGGGCCAGUGGGAAGCCCAGAGUGUCGGGUAUGCGAUAUGUGCGACAUUGACAAGGAUCCAAACUUCCUGGAGGACACAAACAAUCAGGUCUUGCUGUUGGAUACCCUCUUUAUGUAUUUAUACUCUUGUGGAAGUUCUCAGUAUGGUGUAUGCCAUUUCCACCAACUUAACUCAAAUGGAGAGCCUCCUUCUCUUUCAAAGUGUUUGUUCAGAAAGGUUACAAACCCCGCCGCCAACUGUCCUGACUGUGUGGCUAGUCCUCUCGGUACCAAAGUCACCAUGGUGGAAGAGGGUCAGACUGUCUACUUCUUUGUUGCCGCCACAGUCAACGACAGUGUGACGCAGCGUUACGGAAGGAAGUCUAUAUCGGUGCGUCGACCACUGGCCACAGAAGAUGGUUUCUACAAGGAUGUGCGUAGCCUGACUGUCCUUCCAGGUUUGCGGAGGACAUACAAUAUUGAAUAUGUCUACAGCUUUUUCACUCAGGAGUUUGUCUACUUCGUCUCAGUUCAGAGAGAGAGUCCAGAUCAGGAAUCCUCUCCAUUUCAGACUCGUUUGGGCCGACUCCCAAGGAAUGAAUGGGAGAUGAAGAGGUAUCGUGAGGUGAUCCUGGAGUGUCGGUUUGAACCAAAACGCAGACGGAGGAACGUAGCCAGUGAGCCCUAUAAGGAUGUGGUUUACAACGUGGUCCAGGCAGCCCAUUUUAGCAAGGCAGGCAGGGAGCUGGCAGAGGAGUUAGGGGCGGAGGAGGAGGAUGACAUCCUCUAUGGAGUUUUUGCUGUUACUGAUGACAACGGGGUCACGGAGCACGACUCUGCCCUGUGCGCCUUCCCAAUGGACAACGUGAACAAAGCGAUCGCAGAUGGGGUUGAUGACUGCUGUAAGUCUGGACCAGAGCAGCUCUCUAGAGGGCUCUGCCAUUUCCAGUCCUGUGAGAGCUGUCCACAUGAGCGUUUAAAAAUCUCUCUGUUUCAGAUGAUCCAGGUGCCCCAGAGAGGACCAGGUUGUCAACACUUCCUGACCUGUGCGAUCUGCCUGACAGCCCCUAAGUUCAUGGGCUGUGGCUGGUGCUCUGGAGUUUGCUCCUGGGAGAGCGAGUGUCAAAGUCAGUGGAGGAACGGGUCCUGCCUGCCGGGGAUCACUGGGUUCUCUCCACGGACUGCUCCUCCCGAUGGUCAAACAGAGUUCACGGUGUGUGGAUGGGAGUUUCAGUCGCCUUUAAGACCCGCCAUCACAUCCAGAACCCACCAGGUCCGACUGGGGCAGACUGCUUGCACUGUUCUUGCAGUGAAAAGCAAUAACACGCACUUGGUGUGUAAGAUUCGCUCCGGGGCCGCUGAGCUGUCCAGACCCGUUAACAUUACAGUGGAGGUGCAUGAGGGCAAGGUGGAGGGACGCUACUCUAUUGAAGGGAAGGCAGAAAUGCCAGGAUUCAUAUUUGUGACUCCCAACAUCACAGAUAUCCAGCCCAACUAUGGGCCUCGUGUUGGGGGUACGCUCAUCACAGUGACUGGACUUCACUUGGAUGCUGGGAAGACGAGGAGAGUCACUCUCAAUGAUGUUCACUGUCCGAUAAAGAGAGUCACAAAGCCCAAAAGCAACGUGUCCUCCAUCAUCUGUCUGUCCCAGCCCAUCUCAGAGGUGAGGGACGUCCCUCUGAGUGUUUUCAUCGACAAGUCUCCUAUCCUCACCACAAAGGUGUUUUACUACAAAGAAAACCCGAUCAUUACAGCCGUGCUGCCUGACUGUAGCUUCGACAGGGGGUCAAAGAUUGUGAUCUGGGGGGAGAACCUGGACUCUGUUUACCGCACCAUCAUCCGCUUCAAACCCAAUGAGAGGCACUUGAAACCUGUGACAAGGGAGUGCAUAGGUAAGUCCUUGCCCACGAGGAUGGAGUGCGUCUCCCCCGUGUUCCUGAGGGAUGAGACGGAGGAAGGAGAGCUUUCCUUCGACAUGGACGGAGCGCUGGGACUCUGGAACAAAGAGUUUUCCUAUCAUCCGUACGGAGAGCCCAUACCUUUUGAAACAGAGGGACACGUGCUGAAUUUGUACCCUGGCUUUGACGAAGUGUCACUACAUCAUCAGAAGCUGAAUCUGGUGAGCUCCUGUAUGACCAUCAUCAUGACGGUGGCAGGCGUAGAUUGUGAUGCUAAAGUCCUGGAUAAUGAGAUCACCUGCAGGAUCCCCAAGAACAUGACCAUCCUCAGUGAAGGACAGCCAGUGAGGGUAAAUCAGGCGGGAAGUUGAAAUGAUGAUUAACUGACUGUCUUUCGUAAAACGAGCAUGCAACAGGGGGCUCCAGGAAGUCCCCUCACUAGUUACAUCUGUGAAACAGUUGGAAAAAUAAGUUACGUCUGGCAGCUUGUAUUUAGCGUGCAUGCGGAAAUUAGA